AUGGACCACCCGCACACCGCGUCGGACAUCUGCCCCGCACACCGCGCUCGCUCCCUGAACACGCAGCUCCGGCGGGAGAACAAGGAGCUGAAGGCGCGCGUGGAGCGACUGCGCGUGUUACUGAGCGACCUGCCGGAGUUCGAGGAGGAGAAACGCAGAACGCUGGAGGCUCUCCGUCAGUCGAGCUGUAGGGAGCGGGACCUGAAGGAGCGCCUGAAGGAGGAGUGGGUCGAGAACGCGUGUCUCCUGGACGCCCUCGCCGAUCUGGAUUUCCUCAUCCAGACCAAAAAUCACCGGCGGCUACGAGUUGAAACCCUCAAGCGGGAGUUGCUCAGAGCGCAUCGCGGCGCGCACGAGACGGAACAGAGUCUCACGGAGAAGUCGGAGAUCAUUAGGAGGAGACAUGCAGAGAUCGGGGAGUUGGUAGAGCUGAUUGAGAACUGUGCGGCGCAUAUGCAGGAGAACGCAGCGCGCAUCGAGGAAGCCGAGAAAUCACUGCGACAAUGGGAACGUGUGGGGCGUCUUCAGAGAGAGGCUUUCCAGGAGGAUCUUCCUCCUCCUCUUCCUCCUUCACCUUCUCCACUUUUUCCUCCUCCUCCAUCUCCAUCUCCUUUAGUGCCCACAGUUUACAGUAAAGCCAGACACUCCUGGCUGAAGGACAUGCUGGUGACAUUGUGCAGCUUCUUCUUCACACUGCUCUUCCUGCUGUUUGUCAUUUCUUCAGUUUUACCCUUAUUCAUAGACGAUGCCAAACCCAUCUCAUGCACUAAGGUCCUCCUGGGCAGAACAAAGGGUAACACCAACAAGAGUUUGUGUGAAAGAAGAGAAAAUUUACACCGAAACAGAGGAAUAAUGUGUAUGUUUGGACCUCGAAUCUGUUCACAUGUCUACCUGCUGUUUCUGCUGAUGGCCAUGUGGCACUACAUCACUACACUCUCUGGAGGUCUGGUAAGCUUGGAUGAAGAAGUGGACAAGAGCACAUCCAGGAUCAGUCACUCUGACAAUUUAAAGGCGCAGCUGGAGGCUUUAUUGUUGCACGGGAACAGCAGCGAUGUGUCUCUGCGUGUAGAGACGACCGACGGGGAUGAAGUCAAGGUGAUCCAAGCCCACACUCUCAUGCUGUCUCUGCAGAGCCUCACCUUCCAGAAGUUGCUUGAGAAGAAGAACGGGAGCGCUCUGGUACUGAGGGAGACUCCCGAGUGCAUCAGUGUUUUCGACAAGUUUAUCAGGUAUUUGUAUUCUGGUGAACUGCAUUUGCAUUUGGAUGAAGCCACUGCUCUGCAUGAGCUGGCCACUACAUACGGUGUCUCGUUUCUCCAGCAUGGCCUGACUGAGUACAUGAUCCAGAAUCUGGCCAGUGCUUCUCUGAGCGGUCAUCUUGUGAGCUGGUACGAGUAUGCGAACACAGAGGGUGACGCCAGCCUUCGUGCCAGCUGCCUGCAGUUCCUGCUGAGCAACGUGACAUCGGUGUUGCGGAGCUCGGAGUGGUUGUCGGUCAGCUCCGAACUGCUGAUGGCGCUACUGCAGCGUUCAGACCUGGUUCUGCACAGCGAACUCGAGCUGUUUAAGGCCCUUGAGACCUGGCUGAUGCACAACGAGCCAGACAGGCUCACAGUGGAAAAUGUUUUGCGUGCGGUGCGUUACCCGAUGAUCCCGCCACGUGAGCUGUUCCGCUUGCAGCGUGAGUCACAGGUGCUCUUGCGCUAUUACGAGUCGGUGCGUGACCUCCUGUACAUGGCGUACCAGUUCCAUUCAGCGUCCCCACCACAUCUUGCCAAGUUUUUCGAUGUGAACUGCAGCCUGUUCAUCCCACGCAACUACCUCGCACCAGCGUGGGGCACCAUGUGGCUGAUUAACAGCCCAGCGCGUGACGACCGCACAGCUACCUUCCAUACACAGCUGGGCCCGAGUGCCCACGACUCCAGCAAACGUGUGAUCUGGAAUGCAGUGUUCUCACCACGCUCACGUUCAGACGGUAAUCCACGUAUCGUAAUCACGCCUGCAUCCUCCAGCCCAGACUUCGCUGGUGUCGUUUUCCAGAAAACAGUAAUUGUGUGCGCGCGGCAGCAGGGCCUGCUGGUGGUACGGCGCGUGUACAACUUCCACCAAAGCACAGAAGAGAACAGCGACUUUCUGAUUGAGAGCGACCUAUACCAGGGGACUUCUGAGUAUUUGGUGGAUAGCUGGCUGCACCUGCAUGUUAUCAUCAAACCCGUCUAUCAGACACUGAUCUCCACAAAAAUAAAAUAA